CCUAGGAACUUGCGGGGUCGCUGAGACCCGCAACUCCCAAAUCCGGGCGCCUGUUCCCCGAGGCGGUCUGCGCCUCUGUAAAGGUCGCAGCCCAGCCGCAUAGAUUCUGCCCUUGACAGCGAUUCGGGAGGCAGGUCUCUGAGCUUUCAGGAUCCUACACAAAGACCCAGAGGCUGGCUUUUCAGGGACCUCCAGCUCCAAUCCAUCUGAGAGAACAGAAAGCAGCCUCCGGCCCCUCCUCCAUCAGACUCAGGAGUCCAGGACCUCAGUGUCCUCCUCCCUUGGGCUCAGGAGUCCAGCCGCCAGCCUCUCCACCCCCUGACCCAAGAAGAGUUCAGUCCCCGCUUCUUUGGGACUUAGGGUCCCACCCGAGGAUUUUGUGUCCCAAGUAUCGUAGACCCAGGAAUCGAGAUGUACAAUCCCUUCCUCCUUCUGGGACCCACAAAUUCAGGCCCCCAGUCUCUUCUUUUUCAGAAAUAUGAGCCUUCACUCCUGCUCUCUGUGACCCUGGAGUUGGUAGCCGGAAGCCCUGGCUCUGGCCACCCCCACCCACCCACCAACCCCGGAACUGCCCCCUCAGAGGCACACAGACACACUCUCGGGAGCCCGGGUGUCCUGUGCCACACUCCACCCCAGCCCUUCAUAGAUACACGGGGCCUAGCCUCCCUCUCUAUCAGGAGGGGCAGGAGCUGGGCAACUGCUCUUGAGGGACGCGAGGGGAAACAGGCUGCGUCUAAGAGGGGGUACCUGGUGCUUUCUUCCUGGAUGUCCGAAUAACCAUGGGUGAUGGAUGUCAGGGUCUGUCAAUAACAGAAGGGGUACAGCGGCAUCAGUUUCCUCAGAUCGCAGGAUGGAUAGAGUGCUUGAGGGUGACAUCCAUGAGUCUUGGACGCGUGGGCCCCUGAGUGUGGUUUGUGCUAAGGAGUCAGUUUGUCUGAGGGUCUAAAAGGGACUCAGGCCUGGAGGAGGGGGCUCUGAUUACUGGGUCCCAGGAGGAGAAGGGAGACAGGGACUUGGACUCCUGGAACUGAGGAAGGAGGUGGGCUGGAUACCUGGUAUCCUAGGUCUGAGUGAGGAGGGGACUGGGGGCCUGGAUUCCUGGGUCCUGGAGCAAAGGGGGCUGGGGACUUGAAUUUCUGGGUCUGAGAGAGGAGGGGGCUGGGAGCCUGGAUUCCUGGCUUCAUGAGGGAGACUUGCUUGCAGGCCUGGCCUCCCGGGGCAAUCGAAGCCAAAAAAUGGGUCCUAGCAUGACAGACUCAAGUCUGGGGAUGGCCUCCUGCUUCGCAAACCUCAGCGUGGGGAGGGGGCGGAGGGCAGGCAGCCCCUGGGCCCUGGAGCUCAGGUCCAGGUCCUGAGUCCCCGACUGCACGCCCUCCCCGGCCCCUUCCCCGUCCCUGGAUUUAUUUGCAGCCCCUCACUCUCUGGUCCCAGGGGGAAGGCAGAGGCUGGGAGCUGGGGAGGGGGCCGGCCCCCUCCCCUAGCCAUGACAGGAGGAGGGGUCCCGAGGGAUCCCAAAAAGGGGGGCUGUGGGUCUCCCAGCAGGGGCGGACGGGGACUGAAUGUUAAUCGCAUCCCGAGUGUGUGUGUGUGUGUGCGUGUGUGUGAGUGUAUGAGAACAGAGCGAGUGUGCGAGUCCCUCCCGCUCUGGCUCCUCCAAGCCCUGGCCGCCGCCACCGCCCUCCGCCCGCCUGCAGCCUCCCUAGCCACCGGUGCCCGGCUCAGGGGUGUUGGCCCGGGUGGGUCCGCCUGGCCCCCAGGGGUCUCUCGUGCGUCUGCCAUCUGCCCGUGCAACAUGUGUAGCCGCGUCCUCGCCUAGCCGGGGUGGCCUCAACCUUGGGGGACAGACAGGGCAGGACGGACUGAGGAAGAGAGAGCCGGAGCCAGGGAGCCAGGGCCGGGCAGGAGGUCCCGGCCGCCGCUGCCGCCGCCGCCCCAGGGCCUGGCCCCCCACACACACACCCCGCGGCUCCCUGAGCCCCCCGCCGAAUCUUCGGGUCACUGGACUCCGGUUCCUUUCCUGGCACCCCCGCAACACCCCCCCAGAAAAGGGUCAUGAAAAGAGGCCGCCCGGCAGGGCCCGCAGGCGAUGCGCGGCGCCGGUGGCCCCCGCGGCCCUCGGGGCCCCGCUAAGAUGUUGCUGCUGCUGGCGCUGGCCUGUGCCAGCCCGUUCCCGGAGGAGGUGCCGGGGCCGGGCGGGGCCGGCGGGCCUGGCGGGGGCCCCGGCGGGGCGCGACCGCUCAACGUGGCCCUCGUGUUCUCGGGGCCCGCGUACGCGACCGAGGCGGCGCGCCUGGGCCCGGCCGUAGCGGCGGCCGUGCGCAGCCCGGGCCUGGACGUGCGGCCGGUGGCGCUGGUGCUCAACGGCUCGGAUCCACGCAGCCUCGUGCUGCAACUCUGCGACCUGCUGUCGGGGCUGCGCGUGCACGGCGUCGUCUUCGAGGACGACUCGCGCGCGCCCGCCGUCGCGCCCAUCCUUGACUUCCUGUCGGCGCAGACCUCACUGCCCAUCGUGGCCGUGCACGGCGGCGCGGCGCUCGUGCUCACGCCCAAGGAGAAAGGUUCCACUUUUCUUCAGCUGGGCUCGUCCACAGAGCAGCAGCUUCAGGUCAUCUUUGAGGUGCUGGAGGAAUACGACUGGACGUCCUUUGUAGCCGUGACCACGCGUGCCCCCGGCCACCGGGCCUUCCUGUCCUACAUCGAGGUGCUCACUGAUGGCAGCCUGGUGGGCUGGGAGCACCGCGGGGCGUUGACACUGGACCCUGGGGCUGGCGAGGCCGUGCUGAGCGCCCAACUCCGCAGUGUCAGCGCCCAGAUCCGCCUGCUCUUCUGUGCCCGUGAGGAGGCCGAGCCUGUGUUCCGGGCAGCCGAGGAGGCUGGCCUCACGGGGCCUGGCUACGUCUGGUUUAUGGUGGGGCCCCAGCUGGCUGGAGGCGGGGGCUCAGGCGCUCCCGGGGAGCCGCCUCUUCUGCCAGGAGGCGCCCCACUGCCUGCUGGGCUGUUUGCAGUGCGCUCGGCAGGCUGGAGGGAUGACCUGGCCCGGCGUGUGGCAGCUGGUGUGGCCGUUGUGGCCAGAGGUGCCCAGGCCCUGCUGCGUGACUAUGGCUUCCUGCCUGAACUUGGCCACGACUGUCGCGCCCAGAACCGCACCCAUCGAGGGGAGAGUCUACACAGGUACUUCAUGAAUAUUACCUGGGACAACCGGGACUACUCCUUCAAUGAGGACGGCUUCCUUGUGAACCCCUCCCUGGUGGUCAUCUCCCUCACCCGAGACAGGACGUGGGAGGUGGUGGGCAGCUGGGAGCAGCAGACUCUCCGCCUCAAGUACCCACUGUGGUCGCGCUACGGCCGCUUCCUGCAGCCAGUGGAUGACACGCAGCACCUCACGGUGGCCACGCUGGAAGAGCGGCCCUUCGUCAUCGUGGAGCCCGCCGACCCCAUCAGUGGCACUUGCAUCCGAGACUCUGUGCCCUGCCGGAGCCAGCUCAACCGCACCCACAGCCCUCCGCCCGAUGCCCCCCGCCCGGAAAAGCGCUGCUGCAAGGGCUUCUGCAUCGACAUUCUGAAGCGGCUGGCGCAGACCAUCGGCUUCAGCUACGACCUCUACCUGGUCACCAACGGGAAGCACGGCAAAAAGAUCGACGGCGUCUGGAACGGCAUGAUCGGGGAGGUGUUCUACCAGCGAGCAGACAUGGCCAUUGGCUCCCUCACCAUCAACGAGGAGCGGUCCGAAAUCGUGGAUUUCUCUGUGCCCUUCGUAGAGACCGGCAUCAGCGUCAUGGUGGCGCGGAGCAAUGGCACUGUGUCCCCCUCGGCCUUCCUUGAGCCAUACAGCCCUGCGGUGUGGGUGAUGAUGUUCGUCAUGUGCCUCACUGUGGUCGCGGUCACCGUUUUCAUCUUCGAGUACCUCAGUCCCGUCGGCUACAACCGCAGCCUGGCCACGGGCAAACGCCCUGGUGGCUCAACCUUCACCAUUGGGAAAUCCAUCUGGCUGCUCUGGGCCCUGGUGUUCAACAACUCGGUGCCCGUGGAGAACCCCCGGGGGACCACCAGCAAAAUCAUGGUGUUGGUGUGGGCCUUCUUCGCUGUCAUCUUUCUCGCCAGCUACACAGCCAACCUGGCCGCCUUCAUGAUCCAGGAGGAGUACGUGGACACUGUGUCUGGGCUCAGUGACCGAAAGUUCCAGCGGCCCCAGGAGCAGUACCCACCCCUGAAGUUUGGGACGGUGCCCAACGGGUCCACGGAAAAGAACAUCCGCAGCAACUACCCCGACAUGCACAGUUACAUGGUGCGCUACAACCAGCCCCGCGUAGAGGAAGCGCUCACUCAGCUCAAGGCAGGGAAGCUGGACGCCUUCAUCUAUGACGCGGCUGUGCUCAACUACAUGGCCCGCAAAGAUGAGGGCUGCAAGCUCGUCACCAUCGGCUCGGGCAAGGUCUUUGCCACCACAGGCUAUGGCAUCGCCUUGCACAAGGGUUCCCGCUGGAAGCGGCCCAUUGACCUGGCACUGCUGCAGUUCCUGGGGGAUGAUGAGAUCGAGAUGCUGGAACGGCUGUGGCUCUCAGGAAUCUGCCACAAUGACAAGAUCGAGGUGAUGAGCAGCAAGCUGGACAUUGACAACAUGGCGGGCGUCUUCUACAUGCUCCUGGUGGCCAUGGGCCUCUCCCUGCUGGUCUUCGCCUGGGAGCACCUGGUGUACUGGCGCCUUCGGCAUUGCCUGGGGCCCACCCACCGCAUGGAUUUCCUGCUGGCCUUCUCCAGGGGAAUGUACAGUUGCUGCAGCGCAGAGGCUGCGCCGCCGCCCGCCAAACCCCCGCCGCCGCCGCAGCCGCUGCCCAGCCCCGCAUACCCGGCAGCGAGGCCCCCGCCUGGCCCAGCGCCCUUCGUGCCGCGCGAGCGCGCAGCCGUGGAUCGCUGGCGCCGCCCCAAAGGUGCGGGGCCGCCCGGCGGCACGGGCUUGGCCGACGGCUUCCACCGCUACUACGGCCCCAUCGAGCCGCAGGGCCUGGGCGUGGGCGAGGCGCGCGCGGCGCCCAGGGGCGCGACUGGGCGCCCGCUGUCUCCACCGACCACGCAGCCGCCACAGAAGCCGCCGCCCUCCUACUUCGCCAUCGUGCGCGACAAGGAGCCGGCCGAGCCCCCCGCCGGCGCCUUCCCCGGCUUCCCGUCGCCACCCGCGCCCCCUGCCGCCGCGGCCACCGCCGUCGGGCCGCCGCUCUGCCGCCUGGCCUUCGAGGACGAGAGCCCUCCGGCGCCCACGCGCUGGCCGCGCUCGGACCCCGAGAGCCAGCCUCUGCUGGGUCCCGGCGCUGGGGGCGCGGGCGGCGCGGGGGCCGCGGGCACUGGAGCCCAGGCCGCGCCUCCCCCUUGCCGCGCCGCGCCGCCCCCCUGCCCUUACCUUGACCUCGAGCCGUCGCCGUCGGACUCGGAGGACUCGGAGAGCCUGGGCGGCGCGUCGCUGGGCGGCCUAGAGCCCUGGUGGUUCGCCGACUUCCCCUACCCAUAUGCCGAGCGCCUCGGGCCGCCGCCGGGCCGCUACUGGUCGGUCGACAAGCUCGGGGGCUGGCGCGCCGGCAGCUGGGACUAUCUGCCCCCGCGCAGCGGCCCCGCCGCCUGGCACUGUCGCCACUGCGCCAGCCUGGAGCUGCUGCCGCCGCCGCGCCAUCUCAGCUGCUCGCACGACGGCCUGGACGGCGGCUGGUGGGCGCCGCCGCCCCCGCCCUGGGCCGCGGGGCCCCCGCACCGGCGCCGGGCCCGCUGCGGGUGCCCGCGGCCGCACCCUCACCGCCCACGGGCCUCACACCGCGCGCCCGCCGCCGCGCCGCACCACCACCGGCACCGGCGCGCCGCCGGGGGCUGGGACCUCCCGCCGCCCGCGCCCACCUCGCGAUCGCUCGAGGACCUCAGCUCGUGUCCCCGCGCCGUCCCCGCGCGCAGGCUAACCGGGCCCUCCCGCCACGCGCGCCGGUGCCCGCACGCCGCUCACUGGGGGCCGCAGCUGCCCGCCGCGUCCCACCGGAGACACCGGGGCGGGGACCUGGGUACCCGCCGGGGCUCGGCGCACUUCUCCAGCCUCGAGUCCGAGGACACGCCCCCCAACGAAGCCCCGCCUCUACUGCCCCAGCGUUGAUCCCAACCUCCAUCAAGCCAAAACUUCCCACGACCAGCCCCAGGUGCCACCGGCCAUAUCCUCUCCAAAUCCAACCCUUUCAGUAAAGACGCAGCAGAACCACCCCUCCCCCCCCCCCCCCCCCCCACCCAACCCGCCCCAAAACCUCCACCUCCCAGAUCUCCAGCCGGGUCUGGAGCUGGGUUGUGGAAGGGAGGAGUCUGGGAGUCCACACUCACUACCAACCUCUUUUCCCUCUCUCCUGUACCACAUUGCAGUGUUUGGAAUAAACCAUGUUUUUAUGCCUCCUCAA